GGAGCGGAUUGACCAUUGCAUUGCGGCUCUGGCUGUGUGCGGGCUCGGGAUGUGACAGACGUCUUACGGGGGGAUCUACGCUGCAUAUAACAACGCACCGGAGCUGUAGACUGCGCUGUGAGGAUACGGGAGCUCGCCGGGAGGAGUUUACGACACUACGGUGCGGAGGGAGACACGGGAGCGCGGCAGGCAGGAGGGACCAGCCGACACCGCUCGCAGAAAUGGCGGAACACCACGCAGCAGGCGACGGCAAGCACAAAGCGAACUCCUCGGUGCACGGGAAUAGCCGAUCCGGAGCUGCGAGCGCGGGAGGAGGAGGAGGGGGCAAAGGAGGCCUAUCGGGGGGACUGACACAACCGGCGGGGUGGCAGUCGCUCCUCUCCUUCAGUAUCUUGUUCCUGGCCUGUCUGGCGGGCUUUAGCUCCAGACUUUUCGCCGUGAUCCGGUUCGAGAGCAUCAUACACGAGUUUGAUCCAUGGUUCAACUACAGAUCUACCCACCAUCUCGCCUCAAAUGGCUUCUACGAAUUUCUGAACUGGUUCGAUGAAAGAGCGUGGUAUCCUUUGGGCAGAAUCGUCGGAGGAACAGUGUACCCAGGUUUGAUGGUCACAGCAGGCCUUAUCCACUAUGUCCUAAACCUGCUUCACAUCACUGUCCACAUUCGGGACGUGUGUGUGUUCCUGGCCCCGGUCUUCAGUGGACUCACCGCCAUCUCCACCUUCCUGCUGACCCGUGAGCUGUGGAACCAGGGGGCGGGGCUUCUAGCAGCCUGCUUCAUCGCCAUAGUACCCGGGUACAUCUCCAGAUCCGUGGCCGGGUCCUUCGACAAUGAGGGCAUCGCCAUCUUCGCCCUGCAGUUCACCUACUAUCUCUGGGUGAAGUCUGUGAAAACGGGCUCUGUAUUCUGGACCAUCGGUUGUUGUCUCUCCUAUUUCUACAUGGUCUCGGCUUGGGGAGGAUACGUCUUCAUUAUAAACCUGAUUCCUCUCCACGUCUUUGUGCUGCUGCUCAUGCAACGCUACAGUCGCCGCGUCUACAUCGCGUACAGCACUUUCUACAUUGUGGGCCUGGUACUGUCAAUGCAGAUCCCCUUCGUCGGGUUCCAGCCAAUCAGGACGAGCGAGCACAUGGCAGCGGCUGGUGUGUUUGCGCUGCUUCAAGCCUACGCCUUCCUUUUGUACCUGAAGGACAGACUGACCAAACAGGAGUUCCAGACGCUCUUCUUCCUCGGGGUUUCUCUGGCCGCUGGCGCAGUCUUCCUCACUGUCAUUUAUCUCACGUAUACAGGUUACAUUGCACCAUGGAGUGGCCGUUUCUAUUCGCUUUGGGACACUGGUUAUGCUAAAAUCCACAUCCCGAUCAUCGCGUCAGUCUCUGAGCACCAGCCCACCACCUGGGUCUCCUUCUUCUUUGACCUGCACAUCCUGGUUUGCACCUUCCCCGCGGGGCUCUGGUUCUGCAUCAAAAACGUCAAUGAUGAGAGGGUUUUUGUUGCCUUGUAUGCGAUCAGUGCAGUGUAUUUCGCUGGUGUGAUGGUCCGGCUGAUGCUCACCCUGACUCCGGUGGUCUGUAUGCUCUCGGCUGUGGCCUUCUCCAGCGUGUUUGAGCACUACAUGGGAGACGACACGCGCAGAGAGAAGCCCCCCGCCGAGGACAGCAGUGACGAUGACGACAAGAGGAACUCUGGGAACCUCUAUGAUAAGGCUGGAAAGGUGCGCAAACAUGUAUCGGAGCAGGAGAAGUCUGAGGAGGGCCUUGGACCAAACGUGAAGUCUAUCGUGACCAUGCUGAUGCUGAUGCUGCUCAUGAUGUUUGCUGUCCACUGCACUUGGGUCACCAGCAACGCCUACUCCAGCCCCAGUGUGGUCCUGGCCUCCUACAACCACGAUGGGUCGAGAAACAUCCUGGACGACUUCCGGGAGGCGUACUAUUGGCUGAGGCAGAACACAGACGAGCACGCGCGGGUCAUGUCCUGGUGGGAUUAUGGGUACCAGAUCGCAGGGAUGGCAAACAGGACUACUCUAGUUGACAACAAUACAUGGAAUAACAGCCACAUUGCACUGGUGGGGAAGGCGAUGUCGUCCAAUGAGAGCGCGGCGUAUGACAUCAUGAGGUCUCUAGACGUGGAUUAUGUCCUGAUCAUUUUCGGGGGAGUUAUCGGUUACUCCGGCGACGACAUCAACAAGUUUCUGUGGAUGGUGCGGAUCGCGGAGGGAGAGCACCCGAAGGACAUCAGGGAGAGCGACUACUUCACUCCACAGGGAGAGUUCAGAGUGGACAAGGCUGGUUCCCCCACUCUGCUCAACUGUCUCAUGUACAAGAUGUCCUACUACAGAUUUGGAGAGAUGCAGUUGGAUUUCCGGACCCCUCCUGGCUUCGACCGGACGAGGAAUGUGGAGAUUGGGAACAAAGACAUAAAGUUCCAGCACCUGGAGGAGGCCUUCACAUCAGAGCACUGGCUCGUCCGCAUUUAUAAAGUCAAACCUCUGGACAACAGAGAGCCUCUGGACCACAAGCCCCGCAGUGUCCUGCCCAAGCAGAAGUACACAUCCAAAAAGACGGCAAAGAGGAAGCGUGGCCACAUCAAGAACAAGCUGCUGGUUAGAAAAGGCAAGAAACUGCAAAAAAAGUAGAAGGUAAACUUUUUUUUUUUUUUUGGACAAAACUAAUGUAAGAAAACCUCGAACAACCAAUGAAGAAGGACCCAGGAGCUGCAGCAUACCAGCUCUGAACAGGCACUCUGCCCCCUAGUGUCCAGGAUGCAGCGUCACACCUGGUUUGGACCCAGAAGUGCUAUGUUUUGAACUCGAUCUUUGUUUUUCUCAUUUUGUUGUUUUGUUUUUUUGUACUUGAAUGUGUGGUGACGAGGCAUAGGGCUGCUCUCAUUCACUUUUUGGUUUAACUACUUAUCAGUACGAGGAGGGAGGAGGAACGCACCAAAGACCUGUCGACCUUUGAACUUUGGCACAUGUGAACUGUUAAAAUGGAGGAUGGCGAGGAGUGAAGACUGUUCCUGACGCGUGUACAGAGAUAUGCGGCAUGGAGGAACCUUUGCUUAUGUGUUUAUCUUCUUUUGGGCUGCACAAGGUUAAAAAUCAACUAUUAUCAAUUCUUCUAGUUAAUAUGAAAGUGUCUUAUUACUUUCACUCAACUACAAAACCCUUAUAAUGAAUUUCAUAAUAUAAAUAAACAAAUAAGCUUCUAAAAAGGAAACUGACCCUUUUUCUGACUUUGAGAGGUUGAUGGUUUGCAUUUUUGCAAUCAUCCAAACCAAAUGACUCAAGUUUUCAAUUCAAAUAAGAGAAAACCAAGACUAAAUAUAAACCAAACCAAGUCUAAAAUGAGCCUUGGAUCAUAAUGUAAAUUUAAAUAAAACAAAACAAAAACUUAAAAAAUCACAGUUUGGCCUAUAAUAAUUUGUAAGUUCAGCCCUAAAAUGUUUAUCUUUGACAAAAAGAUGAAACCUGUGUGGACUUGUUCUCUUCCUGCGCCCUUGUGGUUGAAGUUGGUACUGUAUGUAACUCAACUAUAUUAAAAUUAAAUCUUGAUUGACCUAUUACUUAUUUUAUUAAACUAAAAUUCAGUUUUACUAAUUUACUAUGUAACUUUUUAAAAACACUGUCUGCUUGUCUCAUGGAGAUGCUGUUAGUUUUCCUAGAAUUUUCCACAGUAUGGCAUUAAACAUGCCUAUCUAGCAUGUGAAGCCACCAAGCCAAGUUACAGGUCAGAUCUGUGGAAUGGUGUACCCGCUCACAGUUUGGAAGACUGUUUUUUAAGGCGUAUUUUUAGCAGUAAAACACCUGUAGUGAAAUAACUGAUACAUUUAAUGCCGUACUGUGGAAGAGUCACGAUAAAGAAAAAACAUCUCCAUGGAGACGAGCAGGAAGCAGACCGCCCACCAAAAAGUUACUAGUCAAAACAAAACAAUUUUAACCAGAAUAUUGUCAUCUAUUCCACUUAGAUACUGUGUGCAGCCCCUCUUCUCUCCUACUUAUUUUUCUGUUCUACUUUUUCUGUUUAAUAAAUGCAAAAUUGGCCUAAAAUGUGUAAAUAUGUUGUGUAAAGAAAUGUCAAAAUCAAAAAUAAUAUAUUGUGUUUCUAUGGUGAUUUUUUUAAUGCUUUUUUUCUUUCCCUUAAUCCUUUAUUUUGCGUUAUGUUCGAUAGCAACUCAAAUCCGUGAAUGCAAUAAUUCUUGUACAGAGAGAAGCGUCUUUGUGAGAGGAUUUGUGGAUCGAAUGUGAAUUUUUACAAAGUUUAAUUUCGUCCUUUUUCAUAAAAUACAUAAUAGAUUGUACAUUUUGCUGCUAGGAUUUUUAAAAAGACAAGACAAGCAAGAUGUUAGGUGUUGGGAAUUGUAGUUCUAAUAAAUUAAGCCUCCCAGUCUGCAGGGGGAGCUCUCUGUUCUGUGAGCAAGCCUAGUGCCUCAUGGCCGGUCUUCAUGUUAUUUUAAAAAUGCUCUUCUUUCUAUAUUUGUGGGACAAAACUGGAAUUGUUCAACUACUGUUUGAAGUUGAUCUGAAAGUAAAUGUAUUUUUUUGUUUGUUUUCUUUUCUUUUUUUUCACUUUUUGUUAUUUGUAGGAAAAAAUAUUGAAAAGUUUUGAGUUGUAAGAGCUGUGUCCCAAUACUGCAUCUUUAGCUUGUAGUUUGAAUUAGACUAGUGGAGUUAAAUUUGUCUAAAAGCGUCAAGGGUUUUCAUAAAAUUGACAAUUGUUAACAUUUUGUGUGUGUAAAAAUUAAAUUAUAUCCUUGAAUCCUUAUAAAAUUUCACUUUUUAAAUACUCAUUAAGCUAUUUUUGGCCUAUAGUCGCUUGCGUUUACUCCAAUUACAUUUAAAUUUCCUAUAUCUUAUAAUGUUUUUCAGUAUUGCAAAAACAGGAGCAAAAUGUAAACAAAAAAAUGAGGUUUUACUUAAAUAUUAUCAUAAACAUAAAAGUAACUAAACUGCACUAUUUGGAAAUUAAACAAGGCAAUAGGUGUCUGCGUUAAGAAGUCUCAAAUAAAAGGUUUGCAGAUGCCACCUUCUGGGGAAACGCUGUCAUUACAUUGAAACUGGUACAUUUAUUUCAAUAUCAUACGCGUUUUUCUUGGUGAAUUAAAUUAAAUAAUCUUACACUGUAAAAGGUAAAAUCUUAGUAAGUUCAGGUUACUCAAAUUAAGAAGAUUUAACUUGAUUUGAGUAGAUUUCACUUUUAAAUUAUCUACCAAUCGUCUUUUUUUUUAUUCAAACGGCACACAGUUUUGUUUCUUAUUUCAUUAAGAAAGUGCAGAGUUUUAUCCUAAGUGUAACAAGAUGUAUUUUCCUAUUUUAAGUACAAAAAAUCUUGUUCCAUUUGUAGAUCAUUUUACUUGUUUGAAAUUUACUCAAACCAAACCACGUUACAGCUCAGAUCUGUGGAGAGGCAACCCCACUCACAGUCAGGUAUUUUUGAGCUAUAAAACCACCAGUAAUUUAAUGUUUAGUACGUGUUAUACUGUGGAAUAUUUGAAGCAAAGCAGUGACAUAUCCAUAGAAACAAGCAGGUGACGGAUCCAAAACUAAAAAGUUACACAGUGCAAACUUCUGUAUAUUUUUCUUUUUAAAAUCCUGUGAGUUAUAACUACACAGUAAUAUUUCAAACUAUUAUAUUAGGCCUAAGCUAGAAUGUGCUUUUUCACUUAUUGUUGUUGUCCAAAGUGUUAUAAAAGUUAAUAUUUGGGACACAGCUCUCAUCAUUUCCACGUGAAUCUUAUGGGCACUGCAUUUUGUUUCGGUUUUUAACAUGUUAUCACUAAUGAAUACUUGUACAUGCACGCUUAGGCAAAAAAAAAAAAAAAAAGUUUUAGUUUAUCACUUUGCAAUGAGUCAAAAGCAAAAAUGAAAAGUUUUUGUAAAUCAGUUUAAACAGGACAUAAGCAUCAGUUGUGUUUCGUGUUUCUUUACAGUUAACAGCUUAGACAGUUUCACAGUAACGCCUGGAGAGGUUAAACCAAGCCUUAAUGUUACAUACAGGUGGUGUCGGUCAUAUUUUUACAUCGUGUUUCAUUGUGUUUUGUGUUAUUAAAGAUCUUCCAUCAUUGACUUUUACGUUUGAGCUCAAAUGGUACAACUCUCACUGUCUCACUGUUCAAAGUUUACGUUUUAACUUUUGUUCUGUCAUUAUUAAAUAUACACUUCAAC